GUAGAAUUUUUUCUGCCUUCUUGAAUGCGACAUGAAUGUGUUAUUCCUACAGCGUGCAUUCCUUUUAGAGAAAGACAAUAUUGAAGGUGUGGACAGUCAUGUCGUUUACCAAAAAUAAGAAAAAUGGAAAGUCAUCUCCGUGUAGACAGAAAAUCUAAACCGUUAGCGUGGGGUUUCUUUUCUGAUGUUUCUCGUGCAUGCAUCGACCAUCCCAAAGUAACGCUCAUUCGAAAAUUUAAGACCUAAUGGAGCAAUGCUGUGAAACGUUACUGGAAGAAAUCAUGUUCGUAUGAUCAGUUGCAGAGGUGAGGGUAGACGGCCUCCCUAAGCUCUAAAUUUAGGGUUUAAAGGACAGAAGCAAAAAAGAGGACAAACUUACCAAUGUCUCUUCCAAAGAAGAAAGAGGUUCCAAAUUUACAUGGAGAUAUUGUCAGUGUUAUGCCUCCAAACAUCACAGAAAACAUCCUUUCCCGUUUGCCUAUCAAGGAAGCAGUGAGAACUUCCAUCUUAUCUAAAAAAUGGAGAUAUAAUUGGUUUACUCUUCCAGAACUCGUUUUCGAUUGUAGCCUUGGACAUCCUUUGAUAAACCAAAAUGAUAAGCUUGUAAAAUUUGUAAAUGGAGUUGUCUUGCUUCAUAGAGGCCCUAUCUGCAAGUUCGUGCUUUCUCGUCUGUGGAUUCCGAAUUCCUCAGAUAUAGAUAAGUGGAUACUAUGUGCAUCAAGAAAUGGUAUACAGAAAUUAAUCCUUGAUCUGCUGCCCCAGUCUAAGCAUUAUGAGUUACCAUUAUGUCUCUACUCUUGUGAACAACUGACUCAUAUGGAACUUAGCUUUUGUACACUAAGACGUCCACCAAUGUUUGCAACCUUUAAGUCCCUCAGGAGCCUUCUGCUUUAUAAAAUUGACUUUGUUGGCUUCACAUUUGAGAAUCUGAUUGCCAGGUGCCCACUGCUUGAGAGAUUGAAAAUAGAUGGGUUUACAGGUUCAACUGACCUCAUAAUCUAUGGUCCUAUGCUGAAAGACUUGGUGAUUGUUGGUUUUUGCACGGUUAUGCGAAAGAUAUGCUUCAAGAACACUCCACUUCUAGCUUGUGUGUCUCUUGAUUUGGAAUGUUUUGAUUUGCAACGUGAGCGGGACGAAUCUUCCCGUUUGAUGAAUGUUGUUGCAUGUCUUGAUGGUGUUGAGAAGCUUUCUGUUCGUGGGAAUUUUCUCAAAUUCUUGGCUUUGGAUUUGGUUCCAAAGAGUCUUCCAAAUACUUUUUAUCAUCUUAAGAGAUUGGAUCUGGAAAUCUGCUUUAAUGAUUCUCCUACAGUUUCAGUGGGACUCUGCUUGAUUAGAAGCUCCCCAAACUUGGAAGAACUCAAGAUUGAUGCGCUUUCCCGCAAAAACACUCAUCCUGCAUUUUGGGAAGUACAUCAUGGACCAGAGUGCUCAUUAAAUCAUCUUCAAAAUGUGAUUAUUACUUCCUUUGAUGGUCUGAGAACUCAAUUAGAGUUCAUUGAAUUCCUACUCACUGUUACACCUGCUCUUGAGAAGAUGAUUGUUAAUGGCUUCAAAGAAGAUGAUACCGAAGGCGAGCCCAGACAUGGACCCAAAAUGUUGGAGGAAUUGAUGGGAUUACCUAGACUGUCAAUGGAAGGAAAAAUUGAAUACUUUGAGAAUGGUGAAUUAGUGGAAUUUAGAAAAUGAAGAGUGCAUCAUAGUUAUCAUUGAGUAUUUGACUCCAAGGUUAGGGCAACCUACCAAUCCAUAUGAUCACAUUGACGGAAGGGUAAACAAAGUAAAAGACAGUUGGACCUGAUAUCCUUAUAUGGUAGAUGGGACAUAAUUUCAUUAUGUAAAAAUUCCAUUUGGUUGGGUUAUUCCCAUGGACAUAGAAAAUAUGUUAGCUUUUAUUUAAGUAUGAUAGAAGGAAUCAUUGAACAUGUUUCAA